UCUCUCUCUCUCUCUCUGCCACUACCUUGAUCACUCUUAUAAAAAUAGGAGCUGUUGAUAGCCCACGACACAAGCAUUGUCCCAUCUCUCUCUCUCUCUCUCUCUCUCUCUCUCUCUGUAGACAUGGAAACAGAAUUACAAGGACAGGAGAAAACCGGGUUCACCAUUGAUGGGCGUGGUUGUGUUAAGGCCGUGUUUGGCAAGAUUAAGGCCACGGCAUUGAACUUAGCCAAGAAAACAAAGGAGGUAGGACAAGAUGACCCAAGAAGAAUCAUGCACUCCCUUAAAGUGGGGUUGGCUCUCACAUUGGUGUCUUUCUUCUACUACGUUAGGCCUUUGUACAACGGCUUCGGGUCCUCGGGCAUGUGGGCUGUCAUGACUGUUGUGGUUGUUUUUGAAUUCACAGUUGGUGCAACAUUAUCCAAAAGCAUGAACAGAGGUUUUGCCACACUACUAGCUGGUGCUCUAGGCAUUGGAGUAAACCAUUUAGGAGGCCUCGUUGGAGAGAAAGGAGAACCCAUUAUUCUUGGCUUAUUCGUCUUCGUAUUAGCUGCAGCAUCUACAUAUAUGAGGUUCUUUCCUCAUGUCAAGGCGAGAUACGACUACGGGGUGUUGAUAUUCAUAUUGACAUUCAGUUUAGUAUCGAUCUCCGGUUACAGAGUUGAACAAAUCGUAGAGCUUGCCCAUCAAAGACUAUCCACCAUUUUGCUCGGGGGUGCGAUAUGUAUAAUCAUCUCCAUAUUUGUUUGCCCUGUUUGGGCUGGUCAAGAUCUUCACAAUCUCGUUGCAACCAACCUGGACUUGCUUUCCAACUUCCUUGAAGGUUUUGGAAGUGAAUAUUUCGGAGUUUCAAGAGAUGGAAAUAGCACAAUGGGGCCCAAGGAAGUUAAGUCAUUCAUUAACGGCUACAAAAGUGUCCUCAACGCAAAAUCCACAGAAGAAUCCUUGGCAAACUUUGCAUGGUGGGAACCUGGCCAUGGGAGUUUUCUUUUUUGUCAUCCAUGGAAACAGUACUUGGACAUUGGAGGCCUUACUCGACAGUGUGCUUACCAUAUUGAGGCUCUCAGCGCCUACUUGAAUUCUGAGAUUCAGGCGCCACUAGAGUUCCAAAGAAAAAUUCAAGAGCCUUGCAUGAAAAUGAGCUUGGAAUCCGGAAAGGCUUUGAAAGAACUAGCCUUGGCAAUCAAAACUUUUGCACAACCAUCUUCUGUCGAUGUACAUAUAGAGAGUUCCAAAAGAGCCGUAGAUGAACUCAAAACAGUCCUGGAAGCAGUCUCAAGAAAGGAAGAUGACCUCCUCAAAAUGAUACCAUCCCUUACCGUUUCAUCGAUACUGGCCGAUAUUGUAAAAUGCGUCGAAAAAAUUGAUGAGUCCGUCCACGAGCUUUCCCGACAAGCACAAUUCAAGAAUGCUGUCGUAGGGACCGUAUCACCGGAUAAGCCUCAGUUACUUCGCCGAGGAAUCGUAAAACCGCUUAACGACGGUGAUGGUGAUGGGGAGCAUGUUAUUGUUAUGGUACAUGGAACAUCAUCAAAGACUAACCAAAUAACCGUAGUGUAAAUACUACUAGCUACCUAAUUAUUCAUUUUUUAAUGGUAAAAUAUGAUAUAGAAAUAAGAGUAGAAAAGAGAACCUUUUCUUUUGCCGUAUGGUAAGCACCUAAUUAAUUUGCUUGUUCUUUCU